CUGGACAAUAGUUGCUGGAGAGAAGAGGGUAUUUAUAUCACAAAGCUCGAGGAAGCGGUGACAUGAUGGCAUUUUUUCUUUGCAACAAUAGGUGGCAGCAUUAACUCAUGGAGUGUUUCUGCAAAGCAAGGAUGACAACUGAAAUUUCACCAUACUGUGUGGGUCAUGCAGCCACAGGGGAAUGAGAGUGGCCUCAGUAGGGAGUGAGCAGAUGGGGCAGAAGAUGAGCACUGAGCCUUUGACUCGCUCUGAGGUGUUUGGACAGCUCAGGAAGGAGCUCUACGGAGAGGAGCAGUCCACUUGUUCCAACACACACGUAUUUAUUAUCCUGGGAGCCUCUGGAGAUCUCGCUAAAAAGAAAAUCUACCCAACUUUGUGGUGGUUAUUCAGAGAUGGCCUCCUCCCAGAUGACACCUACUUUGUGGGUUUUGCCCGGUCUAACUUAACCGUGGAGGACAUCAAGACAGCAUGUCUGCCUCACAUGAAGGUCACUGAUGAAGAGAGUGAGUGUCUCUCAGCCUUCUUCAGUAAGAACUCCUACCUGAGCGGCAGGUAUGACGACGGCGGCUCCUUCGACCAACUCAACACCCAUCUGUCAUCUCUGCCUGGGGGGGGUGAUGCCAACCGACUCUUCUACCUGGCUCUGCCACCUACCGUCUACCACCAUGUCAGCACAAACAUCAGGGCCCACGGCAUGAGCCACAAAGGUUGGAACAGGGUUAUUGUUGAGAAGCCGUUUGGUCGUGACCUCCAGAGCUCACAGGAGCUGUCAGCCCACCUGUCCUCCCUGUUCACAGAGGACCAGAUCUACCGCAUUGAUCACUACCUGGGCAAAGAGAUGGUCCAGAACCUCAUGGUGCUCAGGUUUGGAAAUCGCAUCUUUGGGCCAAUAUGGAACAGGAACAGCGUGUCCUGUGUGGUUCUGACCUUUAAGGAACCUUUUGGCACUCAGGGCCGCGGAGGAUACUUUGAUGACUUUGGUAUCAUUCGAGAUGUCAUGCAGAACCAUCUCCUCCAGAUGCUCUGUUUGGUUGCAAUGGAGAAACCUCCUUCCACCAGCCCCGAUGACGUGAGGGAUGAAAAGGUGAAGGUAUUGAAGUGUAUAGCUCCCGUUGCAGUGCCAGAUGUGGUGCUCGGCCAGUAUGUGGGGGACCCUGAAGGGGAGGGCCACUCCAAGCUGGGUUACCUUGAUGACCCCACCGUACCAAAAGGCUCCUGCACACCAACUUUUGCCACUGCAGUGCUCUACGUUCAGAAUGAAAGAUGGGAUGAGCACCUGAAGAUCCAACUGGAGGACUAUGUGCGUCAGCUGAAGAUCGUCCGAGUAGUGAGGCAGCUGGAAAGGAAGGGCCUCAUCACAGCCAGGCUGCUGGGUGCCAGCCUGGCUCAGGGAGAAAUUCUCACCUUUCUCGACGCACACUGCUCCUACCACUUCCUGUCGUGGAUGACGGCUGAUCAUUACUGGUGA